AUGGACUCGGGAACUCGAGAACACAGACGGAGAGGCUCGUCGCAAAAGUCUAUGCUCUCAAAAGCUCUCCAGAAAGCAAAUACAGCCGUCCUUUUAGAUAACGCGGCAAACUACGAGGGUGCUAUAAGAGCAUACUCCGAUGCCUGCGACCUGCUUAUGCAGGUCAUGCGCCGCACGGAAAGCCGCGACGAAAAACGGAAACUUGAAGAAAUUCGUACCACCUAUACUACCCGCAUCACGGAGCUCCGGCGACUCGGUGUUUCUUCGCGAUCAGACGGAAAAGCGUUGCCAGAAAGACCCCUGAGCGAUGAAUCGACCUUGUCUCCUAGCGCGGUCUCGUUUCGAUCGGAAAUCCACGAUGAAUUGGACGAGGAGGAGCCGUAUGUCAUCGAAACCGCGACUGCAACCCGCAUACUCAACAACCCGUCCUACAUGACCGACCCUUCCGAACCGCGAGCUUUGGAGCCGUCGCAGAUUCCCCCGCGACGACAGUCUCUACUGCCGUCAGCCUUUGAUGAUGAAGUUCGGUUCUGGAAGCCGAAAAAGCCAAGCCUGCUCCGUGCGGGCUCAUCUAACAACCUUCCUACUUUGGACGAGCAAUUAAACGAAGCUUCAUCUACCGGUGACGCCCAGAGCAGCCGACUGCACCGCAGCCCAUCUCGAGAACCACCUUUUCCACCCCGUACAGCAAGCCAACAGUCAGAACAUCAACCUCAGGUACUCUCUAAUUUACAUUUAACGCCGGAAUUUAAUAACGGAUCUACUUCCUGGUUGGAUAACGGUGAUUCGGCAGGCUCCUCAACUUCCUCCCUUCGUUCUCGGUCGUCCUCCCUCUAUCUGCGAAAGAGAGACCGCACGGUAAGCGGAGGCACCGAAGCGGCUUUUGAUGCUGCACUGGAUGCAGCGGUAGAGGCGGCGUAUAAUGAAGGAUUAGAACCAAUUGAUGAUUCGGACGACAUGUCAGCUGGCGAUGAUAUUGUUUUAAAUGUACGAAGAAACGUUGAACGAGCGAAACAAAAAGUCCGUGAGGCUGAAUUGGAAGCCGAGGCCAUUUCUGCUAAGGAGAGAGAAACCAGGCGCGUUCAAGAAGAAGCUUUCCACGGAAAUUACACUGCCCUUGACGCAAAUUAUGAGGAUGGCGAGGCUGAGGAAGAGGAGCUGAUCUUGGAAGAAAUGAUGGACGUGUUUGAAUUCAACUUGCAGUCCAAGUCAGCCCUUCCACGGCAAUCUGGCUCGAGUGGAUAUUCAGGCCGAACCUGGGGAAGCUCAAUUACAUCCAAUGCUGCAACUACUGGCACAUCACUGUCUACCCUCGCUGAGGAAGACAUUCUUCCAUCGUCAGAUGCCAAACUGAUCAAGCCAUUUUCUUCCUCUAUGACUUUGCAAUCCUCGCCUGUUAACACCCAUCCACCGCCACCACCACCUCCACCUCCACCACCACCGCCUCUUGCCUCAAUACCAUCUUUCAAACUUCCCGAUCUGCCCCCUCUCCCGACGCCCACGACAUCAACUAUCACGCCAAAUACUCCCUUGACCCCUAGCGUACGGGCAAGGCGACUUUCCGGCCGUAACUUAAAAGAUUUAUCAAUCGAAACGAAUACCCCAUUACCUCCAGGCAUUGAAGCACCACUCACCGUCCCUACGUCAAUGUCAACAGCCCACGCGCCGUCGUUACCGAAAGAUGAACCACCGAAAACGAGUUUUAUAGUUUUGUUGCAAGAUAAGGAACCAAAAUCUGCCCUUCCACUUGAAAGAUUGAGAUCUGGCCAAGCCGCUUCAAGAUCGGUCGAGUCUCUCACAGCCCAAAGUCCCAUGACCCCCUUCCCAGAUUUUCAACGCCUCGGGGAUAGAGAUGAAGAUACCGGGCCGACAUCCACUCAUCAUACAGUGAGCAAAGUAGCGUCCGCUCCAGAGCCAUUGAGAAACGAUACCGUACCGUCCCCAGCUAAGUCUGCACGGGGUAAAAAACUGUCUCUCUCUACUGAAGACACUGGGAAGGGUUUGGAUAGCCCUUUUAUGUCGACAUUUCCAGCCUCGGCUACUCGUAAAGGCCCACAUACAUCUGUCUCAACAGCAGCGAGUGGGUUUGGUAUAGGGCCGCACCACCUCUUUGAUGGUACCAUUCAUUCCCCCAUGGCACCUGGACGGCCCAACUCGUCCGUUCCAAAUGCCCCAACCGCCCUCGAACCUUGUCCUCAAUCAUUUCUACUACGCCCGUUCUGGCUAAUGAGAUGCAUUUACCAAAGCAUCGCUCACCCUCGGGGUGCGUAUUUGACAACUAAACUCUUCAUUCCAAGGGAUGUCUGGCGAGUAAAGAACGUCAAAAUCAAAGCCAUGGAGGAGAAAAUCUCAAAUUGCGACUUACUCACAGCUGCACUGUUGAAGGUAUCCCAAGUCGACACCAAUGAUGCUGAUGCUGUCCUUGAAGAGAUGCAAUCUUUAGAGAAUAUUCUUGAUCAAGUCCAGGCAGUCUGGUCCAAAAAGCUAGGUAAUGAAGUCGGAGUCCAAGGUGCGACGAGCUUCUUGAAGGCUUCGUCAUCAGAUGACUCUUCACCGUUCAGCGAGCAACCCUCGAGAGCGGCCCAAAUGCGAACUAUAUGA